GAUGAAGGGAAAGUGAAGAAGAAGAAGAAGAAGAAGAAGAAGAAGAAGAAGAAGAAGAAGAAGACCCAAAUCACCACUGAGAACGAGCUUGGGUUGGGUUUUGAGCUGAGACUUAUUGCAAUCUUCCAGAAGGCAGAAUCAAUUUUAUCUUUACAGAGGUACUAUUGA